AUACAUUGCCGGAAGGGAGCUCGGGUUCGGUAUUGUUUAAACGGUGGAUAAAAGCCUUUCGAGUGGUCGAAGGGUUUACAAUAUGGCGAAAGUUUUCACUGUUAGCCUACUGGCGCUCUGUGCGCUGGUCCUACCUACAAACGGACAACAAGCGGAACCGUUAUCGGCGAGCAUAAAAACGGGAGGCGCAGGUUCCGGAUCUCAAAACCCGGGUCCACAGCGGCUCCCAGGGCCAGGCACUGCUCCAGGUUCCCGAAGACGUUGCCCACGCGGUCAAGUAUACAAGAAGUGCGUGAGCAGCACCUGCGGGGAGUACAAAUGUGAGCAUCUUUAUCGAUUUCGUGAGAGGCAAUGCACCGCUGACUGCCACUCUGGGUGUUUCUGCGCCUGGCCCUUCUUCAAGAACAAUGACGGACGCUGCGUGCCAUUCUGGCAGUGCUAUACUUACAGAUUCGGCGGAUGGUUUGGACGACGUCCCUCUGUUGGCAUGAACCAAAGGACUGGACAGCCGGGCAGCUCGGGCUCAGCGUCUGGAUCUGGUACCUCGGGCGCAAUGUCAGGACCACAGCCUGGAGGCUCCAGUAGCGUGGUUAACCAAUUGCCUAGUGGGUCCGACCAAUUGGCUGGCCAGUGGCCUGGUAGCUCACCUGUCGUACCUGGCAGGCAGCCUCAAGGCGUCUGGGACAGCGCGAAUGGCUUAGAGAAUGGAGGUUGGGGCUCUGGGCCUAACCAAUACCUCAGUAGUGUUUGGGGCGUGCCGAUAUCCGGAUAUCCCGAUCAGUGGAGCUUCGGGAAUGACACUGUAGGUAUUGGAAGUAUCAGCGGGAAUUUCGUAGGUGGAAACAGUGGCCCCGGAAUUGGCCACGGCGGCAUCGGAAAUGGCAUUAGCCCCAUCGGAAGUGGAAAUGGGGGCUUUGGAAGUGUCAGCACGGGGCUCGCCAAUGGCAAUCCUGGCUUCGGAAGCGGCGCUGGCGGCGUCGGAAGUGGCACUGGCGGCAUCGGAAGCGGAGGCUUCGAAAGAGGGAGCACGGGCUUCGCAGGUGGCAGCACUGGUUUCGGAACUGGUGUUACUAGUGCUGGAAGUGACAACGCGGGCUUCUUAGGCAAUGACCUCGGAAGUGGCCCGGGUGGUUUCACAAGUAGCAACAGGGUCUUCGGAACUGGCAACAUUACCCCUGGCGCUACCAAAGGGCUUGCAUAGACUAGCGCUUACGAGGGCCUAUUCCAUUUCAGCCACCGUGACGACGCCAGAUUAGCGCAUAACUACCAACAGAUGCGGCACUGCAUAAAAUAAACCCUGCCAUUGCUGCAACACGUAUUUAACAAAUGUGCCUUUUUU